AUGGCGGUGACGGGCGGGCGCAGGGCAGGCGACGGCGGUUUGGGCUGCUGUGCUGGCGGCUCGUCGCCCUCCCCCGCCGUCCGCCUUACCCUCGGCAUCCGCCUCCCCCUCGCCCUCUUGACGGCAGGGCUCAACGAGGGCCGGGGCACGCGCGGCGCGUACCCCGCGACCGCGGCGGCCGCCUUACUCUGGCGCUCUGCGUCCCUCCCCUCUCCGGAGGGGCGGGGCGUCUCGCCCGAGCUGCGUGGAGACCGCGAGCGCGACGACGACGACGCCGAGUGCGCCGACAGCCGGCGCUUAUCCAGCCCGGAGCCGGCGCCGAGGCGGCCCUCGUUCGCCGGCGCCGGCGCGCUGCUCCCUGCAGCCGCGCUCUGCAGGCUGAAGCUGGGCAGCAUCGCCGUCAAGCCGCUCACGCCCUCCUCCGGCACCGUGCCCGCCGCCGCGGCGCCGACGGUGCGCACGAGCUUGCCCCAGAACCGUCGGCCCUCCUGGAUCGUCUCCUCGACCGCCGAGGCCGAGAAGAGCGCGGAUAGCGACGGCUCGUCGGCAGCGCGGGGCUCGGCCUCGGCCCGCUCGCCCGUCGUGUCGGGCAAGGCGGCGGCCACGGCCGCAGGGCUGCGCCUCUUCGUCACGUUGCGGAUCCUCAGCCACGAGGCCGCGGUUCGCGACCGACGUCCACUUGGCGCGCAGGGCGUCGAGCGCGCGCUCUUGUGCGGCCAGUUCCUGGCGCAGCUCGUUGACGCGCCGCUCGCGCAUCGCGAUCAUGCGCAGGAGGUCGGCGUGGCUGGGCCGGAGGUCAGCGUCAGCCCCGCGUCCGGCUUGCUGCCGCCGUCCUCGCGCUCCGCGAGCGCCGCGAGACUCGGCACGCUCCCGCGCUUCUCGCGCACGCCGCUGCUGCCGGGCGUGUACGAUAUGCUCGAGCGCGCGGCGUGUGCGGGCCGUGGGCGGCGGGACGGGGUCGGCGAUAGGGGUUCGUCGGCGGUUGUGCCGGGGCCAGGCGUCGCUGUCGGCGUGUCGUCGUCGUCUGCUGCGGCGCCCGUGGCCCCGCUGGCACCUAGUGGGCUCGGACUCGGCGGCACGCGCAGCUCGUCGCUUGCGCUCGUGCUCCCCGUGCCGGAACGCGGCCUCGCCACCAGCGAUAAGCGUUUCAGUCUGCUCGGCGUGGGCGACUGCGGCGCCGUGCUCGCGUGA